AUGGCUCCCCUCAUCCUUCACAAUGUGCCUGACGACGAGUGCUACGUCGGCGACGAUGGCGUCAAGCGGCCGUACGCCAUGAUCUUCAACCAACACGACGCUCCGUCGACGCGCUCUCGACGAAACAUUGCCGAGUCUGGCUCCUUUGGCAAGUCGACUCGCCGCUCGCGCUCCCGGACGGGCACGCCGGCCCGCGGCGCUCGCGAGAACCCGACGCUCGCGGCCGCCGACCGCCUCUUCGGCGACUGGGUAUCCAACCAGGCCACGGCGCCGGCCGCCAACGGCCGCAAGGGCAACGCGCAGCAGGCCCAGCAGGACGAGGCGGCGACGGCCGGGCCGAGGGUGCCGGCGUCGCAGCCGGUCGAGAUGAUGCUCCGCGGCUACCGCUCGGCGACGCAGCAGUACGCGGCCGUCGGCCACUACGAGGCGCUCGCCGGCGCCAUCCUCGAGGACUACCCGCGCGACCCGCCGGCGACGCAGCGGCGCUACAAGUCGGAGCUGCGAGACCCGGCCCUCAGGCGGCGCAGGACGCUGACGGCGGACGAGCGCGCCCUCGUCAACCGGGCCGACGGCGGCGAGCACUGGGUCAAGGUGACGUUUGAGACGACGGAAGCGGCCGACGCCGCCGCCUACGCGAGCCCGCAGCUCAUCCUCGGCCACCUCGUCCACGCCGAGCCGUACCGCGGCAUCCCACCCCGCGACGAGGCCUGCCCAGAGGAGACUCGGGACGACGAGGGGUCCCGGGGCGGCGCGGCGGCGACGCCCAAGCCCAAGCAGGGCAUGCCCUCGGUCUUUAGGAGCCGGCUGCUCGACCUCUCGCCGGCCGGCUCGCACGCGUCGAGCCAGACGAUGGACACGACCACCAUGUCCCCCUCGCACUCGUCGGCGACGGUCACGGACGGCCCGGCGGCAGAGGCCAUGGAGCCGGCCGAGGACAGCGUCUUCUGCCGUCGCAUCCCCACGGCCCGCCGCGCACGCCUGCUGCCGGCCGAGCAGGCGCUGCUGCCGCAGCAGUCGGUGGUGCAGCGCGUCACGGGCGCCGUGCCCCUGUUCAAGUGGUUCGGCGGCAGCCUCAUCGGCAACGAGGUGCCGCGGACCGAGACGGGCGAGUUUGACUGGUCCCGCGCGAGCCUCUACUGGAAGAUGAUUUGGUGGUUGGACGCCACCUUUGGCCUCUUCAAGGGGGACGUCUGCAGCGACAAGGAGGAGUGA